AUGGCUUCGAUUUCAGAUGAAUCACAAUACAAUGUCAAUGAAACUGAACGACUACUAUCAAAGACUUUAUUUGAGAAGGUAAAACCAUUCUGUGUUGAAUUAUCUAACAUUGCCUUAGAACAACCAUUCAAUCCACAGAAAAUAGUAUCACUAUUGAUUUCCAUUGAAAUUGCCCUCAACAGUCAUCAUGAUGAAUACAGCAAAGGCAAAGACUCUUUCAUAUAUCAAUUAUCUCCCAAUAUUGCCGAUUAUAUUUUUUUCCCGUUGUCAAACCUAUUAAAGCAAUCAAACUUGGAUGACAUUAUUAUUCAACAUUUGUUUGGAGUCAUUACAUUCUUGAUAAAUUAUUCGUGGAGUAUCAACGUGAAUUUUUCCUUGAUUGAUCAAUUGUACCCAUUGAUUAUUUAUCUUUCUACUGGAGAUGUAAACAAAGAACCCCCAGCUAUUUCAGUCAAGUCUACAAGUUUUAAAUUGGCAACUGUAAAAAUAUUCACAAGUCUUAUCAAUUCGUUAGAUCGGUUUUACUUUCAAGAACAAUCAGAAAGACGUUUGGUGCUACUAAGCAAUACAGUCACCAUUGGAUUGACCAUAAUUACAUCAACGAAGCCGGAUUCACAGGAGUCAAUAGAAGUUAUACUUCAAACUUUGAUGGUUUUAUCAAAAGUAAGAAGUUACUUAAGCAAUGACCAACAGGCAGCGAUUCUCCCUGGUAUAGUUUCAGCAGUGACAAAAUUUACGUCCCUGAAUCCUAACUUGAAUUUCCAAAUCAUUAUACAAUUAUUGAGAUUGCUAUCUAGUUUAAUCUGCGCGUCCUUUAGUGACAAAGAUUUGGGCGCUCAACUUAAUGUUGCUAAUGGUGUGGAAGAUCUUGCUGAGAUACAUUUAUCCUGGGAUGAUGACACGAAAACAUUGGAUGAUAAUGCAUCUAUGUCGGAUAUUACAAUCUCAGAAAGCGAUCAGAGAUCUGCAUUGUGGCUAAAAGCAACAUCCAAACAGUUGAAGAUUUCAUUGAUGAUUUUCUUCAAGACCAUCUUACUUGGUCCAAGAAACAAGCAGCGUCUACAAACACGUGAAGAGUUAGUUAUUGAAAUUAUACACUUUGUGGAGUCCAUUAUGAAUAAUUGUUUUAUCAGUUUACAUCAAGAGUUUGCAUCUUUAAGUAUUGAUAUUAUUUCAAUACUUGCAACAUAUGAUCAUCAACAAGUUGCUGAUCGCGUUGCAAAUUUGAGUAAUUCAUAUGUGCUUACAGUGGAAAACCAAGAGAAUAAGGAGACAGUAUUAUAUGAAAUAGUGAAAACAAAAUUAACGGCCUUGGUAGAUAAUAAGCUUUCAACUGUUAUAUUUUCCACAGACGAAGAGAAGAUAUUAAUGAAUAUAUCUGCCCUAGAAUUCAAUUUUAGCCUACUUUUGGAAUUAUCAAAAAGAAUCAACCCAGAGUUUGAUGAUUUGGAUACAUUAAAACAACGAUGCUUGGCUUUAUUACAAGAAUAUAUGGUUGAUAAUUUUAAAUUUGAAAAUAGCAAGAAAAUUCUAAACACAUCAACUAAUAACAAAACGCUUCUUGAAUCAUCGGCAAAACUGAACCAACUUGACUCGAUUGAAUUACCUGAGUUUGUUAAUACAAAAAAUAUUGUACGACAAAACAAGACAGAUGAUAAUGGUUCGUCUUAUAUUCAUAAUCUAAGAGCUAUAUCUCGAGAAUGGAGUUCUUCUGAAAUUAAACCUGCUAGUCAGAAUCCACAGAUUGGUAUUGCUACAUCCUUUUUGGAAAAAUCAAUAAGAGAUUUUAUCCAAUUUUUAUCAAAUUUGAAAUAUAGAUCUGGUGAAAGUUCAUAUAUUAACGACCUAGAGAGAAUCCUCGAAUCUUCAACCGAUGACUUAACUAGUAAAAGUGUAUCACUUUGGGUUGCAAGUAGUUAUGCUAAAAGUAAUCUUUCAAAGAUCAAUAAUUUCGACCCGAAUGACUUUUUGGCCCUAGAUGAUGAUAUGGAUAUUGACGAUGAGAACGAGAGUACAUAUUUGAUAUUAUCCAAAGCAGAAGAGUUAAUCGAUGAUGCCAGUCAAACUCCUGAGGAGAAUCAUCUGGUGUCAGGUGCGUUAGCGUACACCUCAGCAUUACUGGCAAUUCAAACUGUAGCAGGUACUAUUACUUUAGAGCAGUUUAGAUCAAGUUUUUUGAUGGAUUAUUUACUUUCUAUGUUUCAAGCAUUAACGUAUAAUGAUGUUCCACAAAUUCAGUUACAAGCACAAGCCACUGUGAAGGAAAUAUUGGAUGUAUAUUAUGAUGGUUCCAUUGUCAAUUUGAUAUCUGAUAAUCUGGAUUAUUUAAUUGAUAAUAUAAGCUUGCAAUUAUCGGUGGCUAGCAACUUGACACCAGCAUUGCCUGGUAUAAUGUUGAUAAUUGUUAAAGUAGCUGGUGUGCAAUUAUUAAAGUCAAACCAGUUACAUGAUAUUCUUACCGACAUGUUUGUUAUUUUGGACUCGUAUCACGGAUACAACAAAAUUGUGGAGAGUUUCUUUAUUGUUUUCGAGUCGUUAAUUGAUCAAAUCAAAAAGACAUAUGAAGAUUCACUAAAAAUCGAGACUCAUAUUGAUAACGCUGAAAAUACAUCCUUGUACAAACCAUGGGGUAUGUCAAAUAAAGAACAGCUAUUAGCAUUCAUUGAUAAGUCUAAAAGAUCAGAUGACAUAAUCGAAGACUACGAUCCAAAUAAGGAGUAUUUUAAGAGAAAGGAGGAUUUACCAUUUUCCGAGUUGGAUAAAGAUUCAGAUGACGAAGAUGAUGAAGAGGCGUCCCCCAAAAAUGAUGAGUCCGAAAUAGAAGAUGAACCCUGGUCAUCACCAAUUCCAAAGAACGAAUAUGAAAUAUUAAAACGGAUUUUCAACUAUGGGUUCACAUUAGUUUCUCAGCCAUCAUACUCGUUAAAAGCACAAAUUAUCAAAACUUUAAGGUUAAUUUUCCCACUCGUUUGUACAAAUUAUAAAGAAAUUUUACCUGUUCUUGCUGCUAAUUGGCCAAUUUUGAUGACCAUGAUUACUGGUUCCAAAUCCUUGUCCACCAGUAUGCUGAUGAACAAGGGCUAUUCAUCCGAGGAAGUAAAUAUUAUGAUUGGUUCUUUUCAGCUUGUUACUGAUAUCUUGAAGGAAGACAGAAGAAGAAAUGACUUUUUCUUCAAUAAAAGAUUUCAGGAUACUUGGGAGUUUAUGAUUAAACAUACAGAAUUGGUAAGUUCAGAAAAGUCUAAUCUAUCGAAUCAACAAGAAAAUCUGCUUGUUGUAUCAGAAAAAUCUGUUUAUGCAUUUAGAAUGUACCCUAUGUUGAAGAAUGCCUUGGUCACAUUUUUAAUCAUUGGUGUUCAGAAUUAUGAAAGAAUGAUUCCUGAUCUUGUUCGAUAUGAGAUUAUCAAAAUGUGUGCCAGAUUAAACAUUCCAAAUGAACUAGAGCUUUCACGAGAUACUAAAGGUGUAUUGGAAGUAAUUCGUUUACAAAUAGAAUAG